AAAACUUCGAUAACAUGAUGUUAACAUCGAUGUUUCUCCACCUCUAAUUUCAAAACCCUCACGAAACUUAUUUAUAACCCGGUGAAAUACAAUUUGGACCCAUUCUGGAGACAAGGCAGGUGAAUCAGCAUGAGUGGAAAGAGGAUAGUUUGCCUCCUGGCCAGUGUCCUGAUCCUGGGAAGCCUGCAAGUGGCGGCGGCAGCGGAAACGGACAACAAAACAAGUGAAUUCGUGGCCACCAAGGAAUGGCAGGUGAUUGCGGAAGGUCAAGCCAUUCCCAAGGGUCUCCACGUGCGCAUCAAUAUGCAGAACGGACUCAAGGAAGCCAAACUAUUGGACGAAAGCGAACGUGGCACUGCUCUACAGAGUCAACCGGGAGACCAGAAGGAUUAGGAUGACAACGAACCCCUGGCCCUAGACUACAAGCCGGACAUUAUCGAGGAGUCCCUGCGUCGGGUCAAGGAGCAGAAGAAGAGCUACGCGGAGCUGCGCAAGGCUUACAAGGAGUUCCAGAAGAACUUUCGCACAGACGGAGAGCUGAUUGUCCAGCUGAUCGAUCAGUAUCGGAACUUCAGCAAGACGCCGCUGGAGUCAGAGAUGCGCUCCAAGCUGGACUGCCUGGAGAACCUGGAGUACCUGCUGCAUCAGAUCGACAAUGCCCUGAUGUUUAUCGAUAAUGGGGGACUGGACGACGUGCUCCUACCCAUUGUGGUCAACGAUACAAACACCUCCCUAAGGGUCUCUGCCAUGCGGGUGUUGGGCUCCCUGGCGAGCAAUAAUCCCAAGGCGCAGAUCAAGGUGUUCGAGAAGAACUUUGGCUCCCAUCUGGCCCAGAUCCUAACCAGCUCUGGAAAUGCUGCAGAAGUCUCUGCCGCACUUCACGCCUUUGGAGCACUGUUGCGGAAGUUUCCGCUAGCCCAGCAAUGCGUUUAAUAGAUGAAGAUAUCUAAAAACGUGUCAAGGAUUUGUCACCACAAAUAUUGUCAAUCUAUGAUGUCCAAGUUUUCAUUAGUUAAAUGCACUUCGAAGUGCAUAUUUUUAAACUAUCAUUUUUUACUUUCACCUUAAUCGUGGCUAUGCAUUCGACACCAUAAAUAUUGCCAAUCUAUGAUGUCAAAAUUUUCAUUAGAGUAAUGCACUUCGAGGUGGAUAUUUUCAGGUUUACAAUUUUUCUAUCAGCUUAAUCGCGGCUGUAACCUCUUGUAUAAUGUUCGGGGUACUUCGUCAGUUAAAUACUCCAAAACUUUCCGCUGGAAUUCUGCGAUGGAGUCUUUACAUAUUCAGAUUUAUGGGAGCAGUGGGCUUGAGACUUAAAACCACUUCUGAUAACCGAGUGGCGGUGGAGGAUAGUUCGCUCAAGUGGAAGUGGUCUUCUGCCAUUAUUCGCAUAGGAUGUCAAACUAUAUUUAUGACAAUGUUCUUCAGUUGGGAUGUGCCAAACGUUGAGUAUACGGAACACUUUCUACACCUUAACCGUUUCGUGCUCCAAUUUGGCUGUUGUAUGUCCAUCCUAAGAUUGCAGAUAUUGCAAGGACAAGAGGUCACUAAGUUGGUGAAUAAUUUACUACAACUUUUUCGACGAGUUCAAGACUUUUGCAAUGGAAAUCAUAAUGGCUUUGGAGGAAAAAAUGAACUAAUAGUUUUAUUUUUUAUGAUACUCAGCUUCAUACACGAGGAGAUCUACAUCCUAAAUUUGAUUAAACCCUAUUGGAACCCGCGUGAAAUAAUUGCCGUAUUUGCUGACACCUAUUUAUCCUUUGGCAUUAAAACGCUCACAUACUUCGCCUGUUUGUGGUAUAUAAGUUUGGCCCUGCUAUAUAGCGAUAUAAACGAUUUUGUUAGAUCCGAACUGAGGACUUUGGAUUUACAGCCGACUAAUGGAAAACUUAGAAAGACCCGAAAAAACGUUAGAAAGUGUUUGGAUCUUUACAGGGACCUUAAUUCCUUAGCAUCUGCAUUCCAAAAAGUAUAUGAUCUUCCACUUGUUUUUGGAUUGGGCUAUAAUGGUAUGUGCUCUCUUCUUUUUGCAUAUUUAGUCAUUAUCCGAAGCAAAUAUGAUAUGAUUCUCUUAUGCUCAAACACUGUGAAUGAGUUGUUAAACAUAUUUAUUUUGGCUUGGUCGGUCCAAAGGGCAGUGGUGAAGUCUAGUGAAAUUCGACUGUUGAUGCUGGAUAAUUCCAAUCUUAGCAAAAUUCGAAAUUGGCAAAAAAACUUGGAAUGGUGUUAUAUAGAAUUGAGUGUGUACGAGUUUCGAGUGCGCCCGCUUAGUCUUUUUAAUAUAUCCAAGGAACUCUUCAUGGAAUUCCUUUCGGCCAUGGUCAGUUACUUGACCAUUUUAUUACAAUACCGAAUACAGCUCGAAUAGGUUCAAAAGUUAAGUAUUUCGAUUAUUUGCCUUAAGAAUUGUGUUUUGAUUUAUUUAUGAUUAUCAACAUACAGCUGCGGCAACAAAAAUAGCACCAGUGUGUAGGCAAUUCUUCUUUGUGCUACAGAAUGGUAAUUUUUUGCAAUAUUUUUAUUCUGUUUGUAAGGGUAAGUAGGGUUACAUAUCUAUUAACUAAAAUAAAAGUGGUUACGCCCACAAUGCGGAUGGUUUUUAAAAUUUCGAUACAUUUAUCAAAAAAGUAGCAAAGUUAUGCGGCAACAAAAAUAGCACCACUUAAAUAAAAAACUUAAAAAACUUAAAAAUAACGCGAUUUGAAAAUUUUUUUUGAUUGAAAUGUAUGAUUUCAUACACCUUAAGGUAAAAAAAUAUUGUUCUAAAGCUUGGGCUGCAACAACAACAACAACGACCGACCUUGACGUCACUAGACACCAGAAUCUUCUCUUGGCAAAAUUGUUGUCUGGCUCUUUCAAAAUAGCUCGAGGGCAGUUUUUUUUCUUCGGUUUUGCAUUAAAAACAUAGUUUUUAACAUUUCUGCAAAGAUUUUCGAUGUGUUUUAGUUCUGGGGCUUGUAAGGUCCCCAUUAUACCAUUUAGCUUAAGGGUUUUAAAA